AUGGUUGGAUUGGAUGAUGGCCCUGAAGACCUCUGGGUUGAGUUUCUGAGACUGAUUAGGCUGAUUAGGCUGAUUCUCUCUGAUAGACUGGGCAGAGAGUGGAUAGGACACGUUAUGGAGCAACUAACAGAGCACAGCCUGACCGUACUAGCGACACGAAAAACUUUCCAAAUAACUUACAACAACAACAGCAACAACAACAACAACAACAUAGACCGAUCCAUAACUCGCAUAUGUGCCAGACAAAUCUCGGCAACUAUGCAACCGUCAUCCACUGCAACUGCAACAAAAACGACAGCCUCAUCAAAUAAUCCUCAUAAAAAUCGCUCAAAGAACAAGUCCAACCCGACAACAACAACCAACACUUCUUCAAAAUUGUCAGCACCCACAACAACAUCAUCGACGACAACAACAACAUCAACAACAAUGGACAACACCUCACACAAAUACCUGGUAGUCCAUGAAGAGUAUGACCAAACCGGAUUAAAGUUCUCCUGUAUUCAGUUCCUGCCAAGGGACGCCAAUGUUUUCCAGCUGAAGUACAGUACCAUUCUGGGAUCUAAAAUGGACGCUGGGAGUUUGUGCGCGGAGGAAGUGAUGAAGUUGGAUCCGUGGUUGUUUGUGGAUAAGAAUCAUCUGGGAAGACAUAUCUACGAUCCUGAUAUGGAUAUCGAUAUCCGUGGUGCUGGUGGCGAUGAUGAUUAUGAUGGUGGUGGUGGGGGAAAAGUUAGGUGGUUUGCUGAAAGAUGUCCGAAAUUCCGAAAUGAGCAGAAACUCAAAAACUUACAAAAUCAACGUGCAAAAGAAGGAGUGGACAUAAAAUUAGCAUAA